AUGAGCGAAGACCUCCUCAACGAAAUUGAAGCCAUCAAUUCAAUCUACGGCCCCAACACCCUCGUCUCGGCCCACGAAACCCCCAACCAAACAUACAUACUCGCGCUUCCCAAACACGAUACAUGGCUGCGCAUUCACUUCCCAAAUGAGUAUCCGCAUGUGCCUCCUAUAAUAUUGGGAACGCAUAGGGUAGGGGAAGAUGCAAGGAGGGGGGAUGCGGCAUUAUUGGCGGGGAGGGUGAGGGACAUAGUUGGGAGGGUUUGGACGGGGGGAGGGGUGUGUAUGUUUGAUGUUUGUGAGGAGGUGGAGGGGUGGAUGAACGGGGAUAGGGCGAGUGAGGGUGAGGGUGAUGUUCAAGAAACAAGAGGUAAUAAUACAGAAGUACCAAGGAAUAAAUCUCCAAUCCCCGCGCACACAUCACAAGAAAAUAUCCUCAUAGACAGCGAACCCCCCGCCCCAACCUGGACGCUCUCAGACCCCACCACCGAACUCAAAUCCACCUUCCUCGCGCGCUGCGCCCGCGUUUCCUCGCCUUCUCUCGCCAAACAAUACAUACAACAUCUGAUUGCGCACGACAAGAAAGUGCGCAGCGCAACGCAUAAUAUUACUGCCUGGCGCAUGAAAGGGGCAGAGGGCAAGGGCAUCGUAUAUCAGGAUUGUGAUGAUGAUGGGGAGGCGGGGGCGGGAGGAAAAGUGUUGCGGUUACUACAGCAGAUGGAUGUUUGGGGGGUGGUGAUGGUGGUUACGAGGUGGUAUGGGGGGGUUAAGUUGGGGAGUAGAAGGUUUGCGGUUAUAAAUGGGGUGGCGAGGGGGGCGUUGGUGAAGGGAGGGUGGGUGGAUGUUGCUGGGAGUGUGAAGGGGGGAGGGGAAGGGGAAGAAGUGAUUGGAUUGGAUUGGAUUGGGAGGUGGAGGUGGGAGUGUGUUCUAGGUUGUGGGGUGUAG